AUGGCCGGUAGCCAGACCUGCUCAGCAUGCCGCGGCCGCAAAGUCCGGUGCGAUGGCGUCCUCCCUAUCUGCGGGCCCUGCUCCAAGGCCCGUCGCCCGGUCGAAUGCGACUACUCGACGGCUUCAGCGAUCUCUGCAGGGCCCAAGGGCGAGUAUCUCAAGAAAGGCGCCGCCUGCGUGCCGUGCAGGAGGAAAAAGAAGAAAUGUGACGCGAAGCGGCCCUUCUGCUCGACGUGCAAGGUUGCCGGGAAGGAGAAGGACUGCUCGUAUGACGAAAACGUUGAGCGGACGCUGACCGAAGCCCUGUUCAUGCGCACACAUGAGCUGGAGCACCGUCUAGCCAUCUACGAAAGCGAGAUAUCCGCGUUACGAGUGUCCCAUGUGCUACCUCAUAACGGCCACCAUAAUGGCCAGCCGACAGCGUCGACGUCGCAGCUCCACGAAUCCAUGUCUAUGCCCUCGUCACCAACGAACGGGCCUUCUCUGUACAACUUCCCUCAGGCGUUCAACGAGCUGUUCAGUCACAUUGCCGCACCCUCCCCUGUCGUUGACUUGCAUAGCAUCUCUACCCCCGCCAUCCCACAAAGGGCUCGAAGAAUUGUGAGCACUCAACCCUAUCCCCGUAUGCAGCCACCUUAA